ACGAAAAGCGCGGCUCAUGCGAGAGAGGCAUCGAGUUGCAGAGAAACAAAACAAAAAUGCUUUAAACUGUGCCCUAACCUAAGUUAUUCUCAAAAGAAAGAGCGCCCUAGCCCCUAUUUUGCUAAGGAGCGAUUGGAGUUGCAGGUUGUUGAAAAACCUUGGCAGAGAGCUGUGACCGGAUCCUAGUUCUUCUUAUCAUCAUUGAACUUUCAGAGAGAAAUCUAGGGCUAAAAUUGUUGCUUUACCCUCAUUCUCUGCUUUGUUUCUUUCUCAUUGCAUGUCUAUCAUAGCAGAGUCUUAAGGCAUGCUUUGACUCUCUCAGUGUGGAAAAUUAAGUUAAAAAAUGGCUCACGGUGGUUAUGGAAGGAGGAGAGUUGCAGAACGUGGGCCGGUUGGUAGGAGGACGAGAGGGCCUGGUGUUGAGAAGAAAGCAAAGCCUGGCGUUGAGAAGAAAGCCAAGUCUGUUUCUCUUAAGAACCAGAUACGAUCGAUUGAGAGAAUGCUUCUGAGAAAGAAUCUUCCACAUGAAGUCAAGAACGCACAGGAAGCAAGGCUGGAAGAACUGAAGAAACAGAAAGAAAUUGAAACUCGUUUGGCUCUAGAACGUAAAAUGUCCCUACGAUAUCGAAGAAUUAAAUUUUUUGAGCGAAGAAAGAUGGAAAGAAGAAUAAGACGUCUGGAGAAAUUACAAAGGACAACUACUGAUCCUCACUCGGAAGAACAAAUUGCUCGUCAACUGUCUAAGUUAAGAGAAGAUCUUGAAUAUCUCAGAUUCUUUCCAAAGACAGAAAAGUACCUUUCUUUAUUUGUAGGAGGUGAUGAUGCAGACGUAAUUGACAGGAGAAAUCGAAUCAGAGAACAGAUUAAAGCAAAUCUCAUGGCUGCGGCAGCAAGUGGAAAAGAUUUAGAAGAGACUGGAAGUGAUGAUGAUGGUCCCUUGGAUGUCAGCGAGGAUGAUUUCUUUUUGACUGGGAGUUCCAGUGACGAAGCUGAUGCUGACGAUGAGUGGACAGAUAAAAGUACCAGAGAGCAAGCUUCAAGUACUUCUGGUAAAGCAGCAUCGGGCAUGUCAAGUGAUGAAAAGAAUCAGAGGCAAAUGUGUGCAAGGGUUCUUAUGCCUCCUCCUCGCUCAUUAACUAACUCAUCUAAAAGUAGAGGUGCUGGUGUUGCAAGGUUUUCACGCCCAUCAAGUAGCAGGAACCCACCAACGGCAAAGUUUAACAACUUUUCCACAUCGAGCAACUCUUCACCGGGCAGAAGCGAGCCUUCUGCAAGUAGGAGUUCUUCAAAGGCACGUACUGGUCAUAGCAGUAACCUGAGUUCAAAUUCCGAUGCCCACAAGCCUCGGAGAAAACGCCGACCAAAGAAGAAAAAGCAGGCCUGAUUUUCUCGUGUGGUACAAGGUCUGGGUAUCGUGAGUAAACCAUGAUUCUGCUCAGCUCAAGUCAUUUUAACUAGAGACUCCAUUUAGACUGUGGCUGGCGGAAUGUGUAUUGUGAUACAUGUUUUACUGCUGUUGGCCAAACUACAAGCUUGUGGUUGAGUUUUGUGACACUACUACUUGCAGGGCCAUCCACUAGUUUUAAAGAAGCACAGAGCAACUGAAAUCAGAUGGUCUAUGGGUUAUCAUUCUUCAAAGCAUACUAGGUUUCUAGUUAAUGGGUUUUUUUCUGUGUUAUUUUCGAUGUGAUUACAAGAGUAUCUUUAGGUCAUUGGAAGCAAAGUAGUUCCAUCUGCGUAAUGUAAUAUUAAGGUUGAUGUGCCAAAACCAUAGUGUCAAGUAUUGUAACUUUUAAAAGUUCUGAUAAAAAUAUCUAUUUGUCGUUUGUAUUUGGAUGCCUGACCAUCAUUUGAAGAACCAAGUUUUGACUAGGAAUAUAAGGCCAUCUAUCCAUUAUUGAUGAA